UCCUACUAGAAGAUUUCAGAUGCAAUCGAGUGGCGUGUGGAAACAAACAUGGAGCAAAGUGUUGGGUCGCUUCAGGAACAAGCCCUCAAGAGGAAAGAAAGACUCAAAGCACUGAGAGAUAAAAAGCUUCACGGACAUGAGCAGGAGGAUGGGGAGCCAGAGAACAAGAAGGCGGCACUGGAGGAGACCGCUGAAGACAAGCACAGGGAGCUGAAAUUGAGAAAUUACACCCCAGAGGAUGAUGAGUUGAAAGUGAGGAAGGUGCCCACAGCCAAGCCUGCAUCCGUGGAAGAAAAGGUGAAGGAUCAGUUGGAGGCGGCUAACCCAGAGCCCAUCAUUGAAGAAGUGGAUUUGGCUAAUCUUGCUCCAAGAAAGCCAGACUGGGAUUUAAAGCGGGAUGUCGCAAAGAAACUGGAGAAGUUGGAGAGGAGAACGCAGAGGGCGAUUGCCGAGCUCAUCCGUGAUCGUCUCCGAGGCAGCGAGGAGGAACUGGCUGGAGCGGUGGGAGCAGUCGGACUGGAGGAGGGGGACUCGGAGUGAAAAUGGGACGUUUACAGAGACAGAGGGCGUCCUCAGAGGAAGCAGCAGCUGCUUUCAUGCAGGAAGUUCCUGUCAGGAUUCGCCACAAGUCAAGAGUUAUUAUAUAGAAAUAAGGUGUUCUGUAUAUUUGUGUGUUACUGCAAUCAGUUCUGUUAUCAUUUUUUAACAUUUAAAGUAAAAAUUGUUUUUUCAGA